UCCACCCGUCUCCUGCCUGCCCUCCCACCUAGGAGCAAGAGGAUGAUCCUGGGCAGCUUAGUCUGGGCUGCUGGUACCCAACCUCUAUGACAAGACGCGCCCUGUCGUGUGAACCACGUGCGCGCCCAAUUUGGAGGCAACAGCCUCUGCCACUGACAGGUGCUGGCCCGAGGGCGCGGGUGUGGUCCCCUGAGCAGCCUCCGCCGGGUGCUCGCAGCUUCCCGAGCUUCAAACCAGUACGCUCAGGGAUCCAGGGCGCGGCCUGGAGGCACUCGGUGGACUGGAGCCGCGGAGUUCAGUGCUCGAAACUUUGCAGGCGCCGCGGGCGCUUGGGGACGGCGCCAGUCCAGCCGGGCAGGUGCAGCGGGCGGAGGAGGUGACACCCCGCGGCCCAAAGGGCCUCGGCCGCAGCCGCUUUGCUCCGAGCUGGCCUGAAGCCGUUGGGAACUCCUGGCUUGUGCUGCUGCGCCGGUCACGGACGCUGCCACCGCCGCCUCCACUCUCCCAGAGGAGGCGCAGCCAGAGAGGGCAGAGAAGAGCCAGGAGGAGGCCACAGGAGGUUCCCGGGGUGCGGGAUGGAGCCCCGGGCAGCCAGGGCUGGCGAGCCCGAGCCCGCCGCGUCCCCCUCUUUCCAGGCCCGACUAUGGAAGAAUCUGCAGCUGGGGGUGGGCAAGGGCAAGGGCAGCGGGGGCGGUCGCACCGGGGGGCCCGAGCGCCGCACUGCGGCCACUCCGACCCCAUCCCCGCCGCCUCCAAGGGCCACCCAGGACGCACUGGCCGGUGUGGGGAGUACCGGCAGCAGGUGGAGCGGCUUCAAGAAGCGGAAGCAAGUGCUAGACCGGGUGUUCUCCUCCUCGCAGCCCAACCUGUGCUGCUCCUCGCCGGAGGCCCUGGAGCCGGUUGGAGCAGGCAGAGCCGAGCAGGGGUCCACGCUGCGCCGCCGCCUCCGCGAACAUCUGCUGCCCGUGGCUAAGGGGCCCGCGACGGCCGCGGGGCCAACUGGAGUGACGCCUCCUGGCGGACACUCUCCGGACUCAGUUCCUUCUUCUUCCGCCUCAUCCUCUCUGUCCUCUUCUCCCCAACCGCCCGCAAGGGGGAACCGCGUCCGAGAUGAAGGCACACGGCGUGGAGGUUCUGGGGUGCACCUGUGCCACCAAAAGAGCUCCUCUCUUCCUGGCACCGCGUGCCUGGAGCAGUUGUUGGAAUCGGUGCCACCUCCCGUAGGAGCCGCACGGGGUCCCUCAGAGCCCCAAGCUCUGCUUAAGGGCGAAGAACGCAGCCAGAAAAUAAAUACAGUUGGAAACAGUAAUGCAGAUGUCCCUUUGGCUGAUCCCGGAAUGUACCAGUUGGACAUCACACUACGAAGGGGUCUAAGUUUAGCUGCCCGUGACCGAGGAGGGACAAGUGAUCCAUAUGUGAAGUUUAAAAUUGGAAGAAAAGAAGUUUUUAGAAGUAAAAUUAUACACAAGAACCUGAAUCCUGUGUGGGAGGAAAAGGCUUGUAUUCUUGUUGACCAUCUUAGAGAGCCACUGUAUAUUAAGGUAUUUGACUAUGAUUUUGGACUGCAAGAUGACUUUAUGGGCUCAGCCUUUCUCGAUCUCACACAGUUGGAGUUAAACAGGUCCACGGAUGUGACCUUAACUCUGAAAGACCCCCAUUAUCCCGACCAUGACCUCGGAAUCAUCUUGCUGUCAGUCAUUCUUACCCCUAAGGAAGGUGAACCCAGGGAUGUGACAAUGCUAAGGAGGAAGAGUUGGAAAAGAUCCAGUAAGUUUCAGACCCAAAGCUUGCGUCUGUCAGACCAGCAUAGGAAGUCACACCUGUGGAGAGGAAUUGUUAGCAUCACCCUCAUUGAGGGCCGAGACCUCAAAGCAAUGGAUUCCAAUGGGUUGAGUGACCCCUAUGUGAAGUUCCGACUUGGGCAUCAGAAGUACAAGAGCAAGAUUAUGCCCAAAACUUUAAAUCCUCAGUGGAGGGAACAGUUUGAUUUCCAUCUCUAUGAGGAAAAAGGGGGGGUCAUCGACAUCACCGCCUGGGACAGAGACGCUGGCAAAAGGGAUGAUUUCAUCGGCAGGUGCCAGGUUGACCUGUCGUCUCUCAGUAGGGAGCAAACCCACAAGCUGGAGUUACAGCUGGAAGAGGGUGAGGGCCACCUGGUUCUGCUUGUCACUCUGACAGCCUCGGCCACAGUCAGUAUCUCCGACCUCUCUGUCCACUCCCUGGAGGACCAGAAGGAGCGGGGGGAGAUCUUAAAGAGAUAUAGCCCACUGAGGAUAUUUAACAACAUAAAAGACGUGGGAUUUCUCCAGGUGAAAGUCAUCAGAGCUGAAGGUUUGAUGGCUGCUGAUGUCACAGGUAAAAGUGAUCCAUUCUGUGUAGUAGAACUGAACAACGAUAGACUGCUAACACACACUGUCUACAAAAACCUCAAUCCUGAGUGGAACAAAGUGUUCACAUUCAACAUUAAAGACAUCCAUUCCGUCCUGGAAGUGACAGUCUAUGAUGAAGACCGUGACCGGAGCGCCGACUUUCUGGGCAGAGUUGCUAUACCAUUGCUGUCUAUUCAAAAUGGUGAACAGAAAGCCUACGUCUUGAAAAACAAGCAGCUGACAGGGCCAACAAAGGGGGUCAUCUAUCUUGAAAUAGAUGUGAUUUUUAAUGCUGUGAAAGCCAGCUUACGAACAUUAAUACCCAAAGAACAGAAGUACAUUGAAGAGGAAAACAGGCUCUCCAAACAGCUGCUUCUAAGAAACUUCGUCAGAACGAAGCGCUGUGUCAUGGUGCUGGUAAACGCUGCAUACUACGUUAAUGGUUGCUUUGACUGGGAUUCACCCCCAAGGAGUCUUGCCGCAUUUGUGCUCUUUCUCUUUGUUGUCUGGAACUUUGAGCUCUACAUGAUACCACUGUUGUUAUUGUCACUGCUGACCUGGAACUACUUCUUAAUAAUAUCAGGAAAAGAUAACAGGCAACGUGAUACAGUAGUGGAGGACAUGCUAGAGGACGAAGAGGAGGAAGACGACAAAGAUGACAAGGUGGCAGAACAGCAGAACGCCAGCCCUGGCCAAGCAUUCACAGUACAGUGUUUGGACUCUUCUAAAAUGAAAGAUGGUGAAAAAAAAGGAUUUAUAAAUAAAAUCUAUGCCAUCCAAGAAGUCUGUGUCAGUGUGCAGAAUAUCCUAGAUGACGUGGCCUCCUUUGGCGAAAGGAUAAAGAAUACUUUCAACUGGACUGUGCCAUUCUUAAGCUGGCUGGCCAUUGUAGCCCUCUGUGUGUUCACAGUUAUUCUGUACUUCAUUCCACUGCGAUACAUUGUUCUUGUCUGGGGUAUUAAUAAAUUUACAAAAAAGCUUCGGAGUCCAUAUGCAAUUGAUAACAAUGAACUACUUGACUUCCUUUCCAGAGUCCCUUCAGAUGUACAAGUGGUGCAGUACCAAGAACUGAAACCAGACCAUUCUCAUAGCCCAUAUAAAAGGAAGAAAAACACCCUUGGCUAGCCAGCUCCCAGCACUGAGGGGACCAGCACGCCUGGAAAGAUAAAAGAAAAACCCUGCAGCCUCGGCAGCAUUUCUAUUCUUUCUCCUGUUUAUUUAUUUUCUCUUUUUAUCAUGAUCAAGAAAAUUUGUAAAUAGUGUACAAAGGCAUAUGUCCUUGAAAAUAUACUUCCAUUGCACAGACUCAACCUGAUAAAGGAUUUUAACUAGUGGAGUGUGGAAGCCUUGUUAGCUAUAGAUAAUACAACCAACUGAAAGAAUAAAAAUAAUGGUUAUAAAACUGGAAGCACAUUACUCAAAUUACAAGUGAAAGAACCAGAAUAUCAGAUUAAAUGCUCAAUCGUACUCUGAUUAGCCAUACAUAAAAUAUAUAUGCUUACUUGAUUUUAGGGUUUUUUUUUUUUGCUAUGUGAUGACUUCUUAUCUAAAAUGCAAUUCAUUUUUUUAAUGUUUAUACAGUACAAAAGAGGGGAAACCCCAAAACUUGAAUAAUGGAAAUGUUGCAUUUCAAUAUAACAUACAACCCGACUUUCACUCCUGUGUAUAAAUACGUUACUUCUGCAUAGCUAAGGCUCAUUUUAAGUUCAUGAGGACAGGCACAUUCAUCUAUUCUGCUGUCUCCUCAUACACAAUCCCUUAAGAGAAUCUGAGAUUCUAUGAAUAAAACUCUUAAGCCUUCUAUCAUUCCAUCUAAAACCUUAAAAUCUCUCCAGAAAUAUAUUGAAUAAAUACUGCCAGGUUUAUAAGUGAUUAUCACGGUUUUUAUAUAUACCACUAUUUAAUUUAUACUGAGUUAGCAAAUUAGCAAGCCGAUUUAGUUGUCAAAAAUACUAGCAAAGUAAAUCCAUACUGCAUUUGGUAUCAAAUUAUGCCCUUGUAUAUCUAAAACAGUAAAUUUAAGUGUUCUCACAGGGGAAAAAAAAACAGUAUCUGCUUUUUCAUUAGAGUAUUAACAUGCUUUUUAUAAGUGAGCUUUAAUGUGGAGAAGGCAGUGGACUAAGAGAAAGGCCAGUGCUUCAUUACAUCAUUUAUGAAGAACAUUGAUAAUGCAUGAAAGCCUGUUUUGUAAAAUAAACUGCGUUUAAAGUGGUUACCAUUAAAAAUGUUUCACUAA